UAAUGGGCAAUUUAUUCGAGAAACUAAAAUCAUUUUUUUCUACUUCUAAACUCGAAGUAUGUAUGGUUGGAUUGGAAAAUGUAGGAAAAACUACUAUGUUGAAUUAACUUUCAAUGGGUGAUCCUUCAUUCACUGUGCCUACAGUGGGUUUGAAUGUCAGGACUGUGAAAAAGGGAGGAGUAACGAUGAAAGUAUGAAUAAAAAACGAUUAAAAGAUAUGGGAUAUUGGAGGAUAAGUUUAAUAUAGACCAGAAUGGGGUAAUUAUGCUCAAGGUUGUGAUGCAAUAAUAUUUCUUGUUGAUACUUCAAAUGUAAACAUUAUAAAUUAAAGACAAAGUAAGCUACACUUGGAACUUCAAAGAAAGAAUUACAUAAUUUAUUAGAUAAUAAAUCUUUGCGUAAUAUUCCACUUUUAGUGAUUGGAAAUAAAAUAGAUGUGAAUCCACAUUUGAAUGAAAAGUAAUUAAUAGAAGGUAUGGUUAUUAAUUAGAUUUAAAGGUUUAAACUUAGAUUACAUAACCUCUAAUGCAUGGGCAGUGGCUAUGUGUAGUGCUUUAACUGGUAAUAAUAUAACGUAAGUUGUCGAUUGGUUAAUAACUAAGUCUAAGAAAUAAUGAG